AUGGCUUCUCCUUCCCCACAAGACCGACAAGAACUCAUCCGGAAUGCAGUCGUCUUCCUCAACGACUCUACUGCAUGGUCUCCAUUGGCUCAACGCAUCCAGUUCCUCGAGGCCAAGGGACUUACGGCCCAGGAGAUAGACAUCGCCAUCCGACAGGCCACCAAUGGUCCCUCAUACCCUGCCACGUACAAUGGCCCCUUCUCGUAUAUGGGUCAACCUCCACCGUACAGGUGGGACUGGAGAGACUAUUUUAUCGCGGCCGUCGUUUCUGGAACCGUCACCUACGGCGCCGUGUCUUUAUUCAAGAAAUAUCUUUUGCCGCAUCUCCAGCCUCCGACAUCGACUGCAUAUGAGGAAGAUCGUGACGCGUUAACAGCCCAAUUCGAUGCCGCCGAGGCGCUACUCAAAGAACUGCAGGCCGAGUCGGCGGCUGUUCGAUCUUCAGUGGAGGCCCAAAAGCAGCAAAUAGACGAGACGACAAAGAAUGUCAAUGGUAUGGUUCAAGAGGUCCGAAACAACGAGGCUAAAACGCGGGAUGAAAUGCGCGAGAUCCGGGACGAAAUCAACUCUAUUCGUGACAUGCUGCCGAAGGCACGUCCCCGUUGGCAUCUUCGAGCAUGCUAUCUUACGUUGUUCAACUGCGUAAUGUUUUCUUCUCUCGUCCAGAACCUUGCUCAAGUUGCGCCGCAUGUCCGUUCGUCGUCCGAAUCCGGGCAUCCCGAGCGACCCGCCUCUCCCUCAGGAAAGCCUCGGGAUGGUCACUCGCCUUCCUCUACUGGAACUUUGGCUGAAUCAGCACUGUCGAACCUACGUAAAACGUUGGUUCAGCAACGAGGCCCAGAGAAAGCGCAGAGUCCCCCUCCACGAGCCAAAUCAAAGCUGGAAGAUCGGCUGAGGGCGUCUUUCGCUAUUGGAGAAGCUUCGAGCGAAACUACACCAGCGACCUCUGCCAGAGUUUCCCCGGCCCCUGCUCCUCCAGAAGCAGAGGAACAAGUUCGGAUGUCGUCCCCGGAGACUGUGACGACGCAUCCACUGUCGCCCACAUCCACACCACUACCUGAGUCGCGUAUCUCCUCCCCCAUUUCGCUCAACGAACCUACACCGUUCGCGAUCAUCGCUCCCCAUUCCCAUGCGGUGGAUCCCCUUCUGGUUCAGCCGGUCGAUAAUAUCACGGCUGAGACUGUGUCCCCUCGGCCUCAAGCUCCAAGCUCAGAAGAUCCCGUCGCUGCUUUGGAAAUAGAGUUGGAAGCUCAGACAGCAUUGACGGAAAUGUCGAGCGCGCCACCACUAUCUUCUGCGUCUCUUGACUCAGACGAAGUGCCUGAAGCGGAUGCCAGCAUUGAAGAAAGUACAGAUCGCGCCGUUGAGCAUCAGUCCACUGCUCCGGAUUCGCCUGCUAUGGACCUUCCGACCCCUUCUGUUGCUCAUGCAACCGACGUGGAGGCGCUACAGCAACGACUUCGGCUAGUGGAACAACGGUUCUCUGAUGUAUCUACUUCAUUCAAGAGGCUUCGUGCAGAGAAGGCAGCCGCAGAUGCGGUUCUCCAAGAACAUACACCUCUAGAGACGAUCGGUGAUUCGCAAGGUCUGCAAGACUUCAUCCGUAACCUCAAACAAAAGUCGGAGCUUUCUGCGGAGGAGAUCGGCCGGCUGAAUGGGAAACUACAAACUCAGGAAGAACGUGUCGAAGAACUUCGCGACACGCACCGAUUGGAAUCUGCCUCGCAAUCCUCUCAAAUCGAUAAGCUUAAGCUGCAACUGGAGGAAAGCGAGGCUUUGCUGCAAGCGUCGCAGGGUUCCAUCUCUAAAGGAGAUGAGAAUUUUGCCGCUCAGAAGACCGAGAUUGAGAAACUUGCUGCCGAAGUGGAGCAACUGACUCGUGUAACCAAGGAAGAAGAGGAGAAACGUGUCAAAGCGAUCAGUCUCUUGAAAACCGUUCGCCAGAAGCUUGUCAAGGCCGAGAAGGAACGUGAUGAUCUUCAACGGGAAAUGCAGGCCUUGAGGGAGAAAGAGAAGACAGAAACAGAGAAGGCACAGAUCGACAAGGCCAAGUUGCACGCCGAAAUCGCUGCCAUAACUGCGGACAAGGACAAGGCGAUGGCGGGGCUGAGACUACAAUUUGAAAAAGACCUUUCGGCUGCCAAAGAACGGCACGAGAAAGAAUUGGCCUCGGUCCGAGCCCAGUUUGAGCUGGAUGCUGUGACUUCCAAGAGUACCCAUACGAAAGAAACGUCGACAUUGAACGCCCAGAUCGCUCAUCUAGAGCAGUCUACAAGGCAUUUGACGAACGACAAAAACAAUUUCUUCGAGCAGCUGCAGCUCCGCCAGGCUGAACUGGAGUCUUCACAAUCGCACCUUGAUUCCCUGCAAAGCCAGAACACGGAAUUGCAAUACCAGCUACGUGAAACAGAAGAACGUUUGUCUCUGCUCAGCGAUGAGCUGGCCGACGCUCGGCGACAGCCGGACGUGCGUCCAAUAGAACCCUCUGGUUCGACAGAAGAUGUUGCCCAAUUGCUGUCUGCCUCGCAAGCCAAAUACGAAACCAGAAUACUGGAUCUGCAGAAACAACUUGCGGUUGCCGAGAAAGAGAGGAACGAGAGUGAAGGCCAAUGGAGUCGUAAGUUGCGUGAGAAAGUGCGUGAGAACGACGAGAUACGACAGGCGCUGGGGUCCACAGUCAAGAACAAGGAGUUGGACGAAGACCUUGCAGAACAACUCAAGACACAGAUCAAGCGUCUGCAGGAUGAACUCACCGUACAGCAGAUCAAGGCAGCAGACAUGCGGAUGCAAUUGCAAAGCCGCGAAAAUCUCCAGGAAAACUCCAAGGCUCAAGGAGAAGAAACCCUUAUCAAGAUCCAGUCUUUGGAAGCACUGGUCGAAGAGGCCAAACUUCGAGAAUCUCAGUUGCGCACAACCAAUAAGACUUUGCGAGAGGAAAUCCGAAAAGUUCAAUCUUCCGCUGCUCUGCUCGAACGACAGCGCAAUCCUGGGGUUGGAUACUGGACAACGCGGAACGAAUCCUCUGGCGGGGCUUCUGAAGGCAGGACGUCGAUCUCCAACUCCGAUUCCCGGCCUGGUUCGCCGGCGCCAGCUUCAAAAAAUGAGGAGGAGGUCAACCUGGAGUAUCUCAGGAAUGUGAUCCUGCAAUUCCUCGAGCAUAAAGAGAUGAGGCCUCAUCUCGUCAAGGUCCUGGGUAUUAUCCUUCACUUUACACCCCAGGAAACCAGGCGGCUGAUCGCAAAGAUAUAAUAUCGUGCGGACUGCGAAACCUAUCUCCUUCGUUCUUUCGACGAUUUUAAAUACAAUUAUCGAUUUCUUUCUCGUAUUACUAAUCCCACGAUCACGUGAACAAGGACUCUUUGCCAUCUUGUCCAGUCGUUCCCUCUCUGAGCCUCCGUCAAAGUCUCAAUCCCUGUCUAUAACGCGCAUUGGGGCAUGUCACUGGAUGAUCUAACACGAAAUAGCUUCCAAAGCGGCGUCAGCGCCCCAAAAUGGCUGUCACUGAGUAAAAUGUUCAUCGCGGACCAGUCAGGCUUCGAGAGCCCUCAAGCGACGCAAAGAGCAUUGAGCAGUGCGUCUCGAGGCCUAUGUAUGCGCAGCCAUUAGAUUUCAAUGAAACUAGAUUCUGUUCUCGUGUUGUAUCGUUCAUUCCCUGGAGACGCAGAGCUCCAGGAGUACCUGAGAGUGGCGCUACAAGAGGGCGGGAUGCUGCCUGUGUCAGUGUUCGUGUCCACUCUAUUGCAAGCAGCGAGAUCGACCGAGUUGCACGCCCCUGCGACACUGGAUAUGCUAUGCCGCCUGGCGCUUGACGCGUACUACUCGUCCCGCCUCCCAUCGAACGCGCUCUCGUACGCUGAUAACCCCAUGACGCUGGCGACGACGCUGCAAGACGCUCUGGCCCUCAUCCGCGUUGCGCAUCAGCUGCCGCUGUCCCACUUCCACCAGUUGACCACGUCCGCGUCGGAACUCGUGAUCCUGCUGUUCAAAGCAGCUGAUGUGACUUCGGUGCCGUCGUCCCAGGUGGUGUCGCUGGUCGAGGAAGGGAACUCUGUCUUGGCGCAUACACCCGUGUCGUCAGAAGUACAGCAGGUGCUCGCGCCGAUGAUCGGGCUGUUGACCCUGCUGACGGGCGAAGAUAUACAAACUACCUCUGAGCCACCGCUGAUGCACAACUUGCAUCUUGCCCCCGGGAAGAGCGAUGGUCUCGGCGCGACUUCGAACACGGAUACCGUCAGCUUCAGUCUCAUUUUGAGCUAUCUGGUCAAUCCCUAUUCCGAGUGCGACGACGCCGGUGUUGAUUGAUGGCAUACCAGGUCAUUCACCGCGCCGACGAUUACGGUGCUGGCAGUGGGACCGAUCCUGCUGCGCUGUUUGUCAGCGUGUUUCGAUGGGCUUCGUGGACAGCACAGGUCUUCUACACGCAGUUGUUCGUGUCAGCUUUCCUCUGCCUGUCCGAGGGCAAGUCUGCGCCGCCCACAGUGUGGAGGGCAUUCAUCGUCGGCAGGCUGCCCUUCAUUCUAUCCUCCUUCGAGAAAAUGCUGGGAUCUGAUGGCAACAACUCUGAGAACUGGCGGGCGGCCUUGCAAGUGGCAGUAACGACAAUUCUGCGGCGGUCCGAGUUGCUGGAUCGGUGCGACAGACUGAUACUCGAUUCGGCUGGUCCGUUCUUCGACAAGUCUGACGAUCCCAUACUAACGCGGAGCAUUGCUCGCGAGUUAUUGCGACAGCUUCUGAUGACGGGCUUGGUCGAUCAAGCUUUCGUAUCAGCCAUGGAUCCGGCCUUUUCGAAUGACAGCACGAUAUACUUGCACUCGGAGGCGCAGGAUGCAGGCCUCGACCUGGAUACAUGGAUUGGAAUGAAACUGGCUCUCGAGGCCGAUCCCGGUGAAACUCGGCAAUGGGUUCUUCGAUUGUGGAGCGACAGCAGCACGCACAAACCUUUCACAGAUAUCGUCCUGAUGCGCUUCAAAGAAGCCGCUGGGUCUCUUGACACAGAAAUACUCGGCCACUUUUGUCGUUUGUUCUAUCAGUACGAUCACAUCCUCGACAUGGUGUCACUGCAGGCGAAAAUGUCCGAGUUGAUUUUUCACGCUUUGCUUUGCCUCGAAGACUGUCAGUGUGAUUCAGUCGGAGACCCGCAGGUUGUGAUCGGACAUUUGGGGGAUGUCGUCCUCUUCAUUCAAGUGGCACUCGCUCGCUAUCACAUUGAAAUGGAAACAUUCUCGCAAGGGAAUCGAACUUUAUCCGCACGGUUCUUGAAACCGACCAAUCUGAAUCGCGCAGGCGACUUGUCUGAGGAAGAAGCCGAGACAUUCCAGACGUGGUCUAAAGCGCUAUUCAACAGCGAUGGCGUGGAGGAUUCGAUCCUGAGAACGGCCAAACCCAAAACGUUGCUGCGUAUAGCACCUGCUCUGCUGUCACAUGCACUCAAGGAUGCGACGGAGGAUGCCCUUAACGAUGGUGUUUCAUACUUCGUUGGCCCACUGCUUCGAUGGACGUCUGUCGCGGUCGUGUUUACGCUGAUUCAAGAGGUGCAGCAUCACAAUUUCGCUGCCCCAAAGCACAUCAAUGUACUGCAGACACUGUUGACUGACGAUAACUUCCCCCGGCCGAUACUCUGCCUGUGCAGCCGGGAGAUUCUCUUUCUUCUCUCCGAUAAAAGGGCGCCCGAUCUCUUCGACCGGACCAGAAUCCAACUGAAAGUGGGUGAAGCGUGCGGGCCAACAGCUUCCGUGCACGAUCUGCAGCCUUCUGGGCAUCUCCAGCCGCGGCAAGUGGUCAGAGAGGCCAUCUCCAAGGCCCGUGCAGCGAAAGCCUCGACGCUGGACAUCCAGCGGUGCAUCCGAGCGUGCGAUUGUGACAA